CUUUCAUUAUCUUUAUCAUUGCCUUUCUUGACAGUAUUACAUUUCCAAUUGGAACAGGAAUUGUUGAUUUCGAGGAACAUACUUCAUUCAAAAUGUCUUCCUCGGACGGUGGUUCAGACGAUGAGAUUCGCAUGCCGCGUGGACGCGCUGCCAGGCGAAUGUUGAAACUUACGAGCAGUCCGAUCGGAUCUCCCAAGCGAAACAGCAGAGAUGUCGUCCCCAGUGAGAUCGCAGACGAGGAUCUCUACAGCAGGACUCCAGUUCGAAUAUUUCGACGAACCACACCACGCGCCGACUUUGCGAAUGAUACGACUUCGCCAUCCGCAGAUCGAAACUCGACAUCGCUUUUCGUCAGCCCUGCCAAAUCGAACGCGUCGAUGAGUGAUGAUGAACAACUCCCGACGAACCUUUUCCGCGACAAGCAGAGAUUUGCGGAACUGGUUGCCCGCAAACGUGCUGAACGCGAAGCCCGCGAAGCAGAGGCGGCUGAGAAAUCAGAACGAAGCCGUGCCCAAUCCGGUCAAUCGCCAUUGCAGCUCCUCGAAGAUGAUGUGCAGACCGUCGACACUGAAGAGGCGCAAGAUGCCACUAUUGAUCGCAUCAUGUCAGACGCGACUCAACCUACACGCAAAGCUAGCAAGAAGGCCAUGCUAGAAAUCGAACGCGAAACUCAACGCAUGGCACGUCAGCAAGCCUUGGCCCAUCAGAUGAAAGUCAAAAAGAAGUUCACCAUGAAUGACCUUCUCGCACGAUUUGACAACGCUCCUGCAGCACACCCUAGCACACUGACAGUCCCUCUGGAGGACACGUCAGCUUCAUCGGCACUUAAUAGCGAUGCGUCCGAGCCUCAGAGCGUGAGAAGUCGUCGUGAUACUCCGCCUUCCAGCCCACCGACCCCGCUGGAUCGACAAAGGGCAUUGGUGGAGCGAGGCGCGCUCAGCAAACUUAUGCCUGCCCGACAGGAUAGUCUUGCCUCUCUGGUACAAGACGGAGAGGGCGGCGAUGAGCUCUUAGAUAUGACUGAGUUGCUUAGCUCUGCGAGAAAAGCGAAAUCUCCAUGUGCUGUUACGAAGGAGGCAGCAAAACCUGGACUUCAGCUCGCCCGUCUUGGCAAGACAUCUGCUUUUGACAGCGACGGUGCAAGUAGCGAUGACGAGCUCGAGAUUGUCCACCAGGGAGUGAACCUUCACCGCAUUUUUGAUCAGGCGAGAACGCGCACACGAAAACAAAACACUGAUUCCAGAGCGAUACACACGCUCAAACAUCUGUCGCACAUUGGCGCCGACAGCAAUCGAGUUUCAAGACGCAGGACAAAAUCUUCUAAGCCAACUGUUCUACCACAUGUGCUUGAGGCUCAACUUCGCGCCCGUGCACAAGAGCAAGCGCGGAUGCAGCAAGCUGAGCGAGUGGCAGAGCUUAAAGCACGCGGUAUUGUCAUUCUCAGCGCGGAAGAUCGCGACAAGGAAGCCGAGGAUCUUGAAAAUCUGCUUGAUAGAGCUAGGCAGGAUGCUCUGAAGCUGAGAAAAGCGGAGCGGUCGGGCCUAGGAACGAAUGAGGAUGGCGAGAUUACCAAUGUGCCAAGCGAUGACGAGGAAGAGGAUGAAGAUUAUGACGGUUCGGAGGUGGACGAUGAGUUCGAGAGUGAUGGACAGGAAAACGAGCUGAUUGAUGCAGUCGCAGCUGAAGACGAGGAAGAUGAGGAUGACUCUGGCGAUGAGGCAGAGGGCAGUGUAAUCAGCAAGGACGAUGUCGUGGAACCAGCACUUGCCGUGGCGAGUGAGCAAUCAGACGACGAAGAGCCUGUGCAACCUAUACAAAAACGACAACACACAGCCAGACAGAGAAAAUCUCGCAUUGUGCUCGAUGACGACGAGGACGAGCACAUCUCUGCUGAUCAAGGAACCCGAUCUCAAACACCAGCGUCGCCAGUACGCACGCCAGCAGAUCCCUUUGCAGCCUUUGGCUUCGGCAAUUUCAACCCUGGAAGCUCACUGAUGAGCCCGACUCAAGCAUUCCAUGCCACAAUGCAAACGCCAUCUCAGCUGACCCAGCAGGAUUCGAUGGAUGUUUUCCGACGACUCGCACCUCCCACUUUUUCAUCGGUACCACCAGUCCCAUCCGCUCUGGGUGAUCAAACACAAAACGAAAGUCAAACAAAUAUCGUUGCAGCAAGCCAGGUGCCCAACAGCCAGCAGAUACAGCUUCCGUUGGAAACGCUUGCCCCCGAAACACCGAUUUCCAAAGCGAAGCGAAGCGAGCCAAUGCCAAGCAUCGUUACUCCUGGUUGGGAACCAACGCAAGAUGACGGGCUGCCGAAUUUGUGGCAGGCAACCGCCAACCUGAGGCGCGAGAACACAUUCGACUCCAUUCCCGAGCUUGCAUCCACGCAAGACACGGUGCCUAUCCGAAUUGCCGAAUCUCCCGCACCCGCGAGAAUGACCCGGCUGGUGCGUGGCCAGCGUCGUGGUCUGAUUACAGAUGAGUCAGACGAGGAACCCGAGCAACUGCUUGAGGAAAGCUCGAAGAAUGCGUUCCGUGAGAUGACCCGUCGACGAAAAGAAGCACUGACUGCCGCAGAGCGGAUGGAAGCUGAGGCUCAAGCCAAGAACAUGAUGGAUGAGCAGGCCGACGAAUCUGACGAUGAAUACGCCGGCCUCGGAGGCGAUGACUAUGUUGCUCCAGAGACUGAACAGGAUCACGACAUCAUUGAUUCAAGUCACAUUGAAGUCGAUGAGCAAGCACUGGCUGCCCACUAUGCUGAGCGACAAAGGAUCGAGGACGAAGCAAAUGCGAACAAACUUCUCAAGGAUCUCACGACUGGUGCUUUGCGCCGGAAACAAGCCAACAUGUUUGAUCUCGAUGAAGACGAAGCCGACUUGGCAUUACGAAGGAGACAGAUCCGGCAACAAGAAGAAGCACGGCGACGCCGACUGCUUCUACAGGAUGACAGCAUUGCUGAUCUCGCCCAGGGCAAGCACAGCAAAGGCAAGGAUGCAUUCCUGAAAGCGAUUGCCGACGAUGAUGAUGGUGAACUCGACGACGACGACUUGCCAGAGGUUGAGGACAAUGAUGAUCAGGCUGAGGUCGCAUCGACUCCUGAGAUCAACCCAGCAUCACAGCUCGACAAAGCUACUGAGCCGCCGAGGGAAAUAUCCGGAAACAAGAGACGGCGCGAAGACUCCACUACCGAACGACUUCCCGCGACGAAGAGACGAACCCAGGUUUCCGCAUUCCGAGCACCAACAUCAUUGCUUGAGAUCAAAGAGUCUCUGAGCUUUCUGCUGGAGGAGCCAAAUGCUUUGGUGACUGUGCCAGCGACAGCCGAGGCCGAUUCUGGAAACGAAGACAAUGGAGAGGACGAAGCCAAUGGAUCUGACAAUGACUCCGGAGAUGAUGUAGACGAAGUUGAGGCUGAGAAAGCUCGUCAGAACGAUGGUGGCUUUGCCCCUGAUCGUGCCAUGAUGCCUCCACCCGCCCGACUUCCUGCCACUCAACGUCGCACUGCCGCCAAUGCAGUCAUCGAUCGUCUCUCGAUGAAGCGCAGCGCUAGCAACGCUGACGCUCCCUCGAACGGUCCCAGCGCUUGGGCAUCGUCUCUCACUUCAGUGGGCAGUCUGCACGGCGUUCCGUCGCUCUUGCGACGCGCGACUACCAACAUCACCUUUUCCGCGAACGAACGUGGCGUCACCACAUCAAACGGUAGCAGCAGUCUCUCGCGCGAGAACAGCAGUGGCAGUAAUGCUGGUGGCGUGAAGAUGGGUGGCAGCAAGAAAUCUUCCCUGGCAUAUCAAGCUCGAGCAGAGGAGAGAAGAGUGAUCGUCGAAGCGGGUGUGCGGCAGCGUGCGGAGAAUACCAAGCGCAUCGCGGAAAUGAGGAGGAGUGCUGGCGGCGUCUUGCAGGGCAGAGGUUUCGGGGGAAGUUUCGAGUGAUUUAUCACAUUAGGCAAGAGGCAUUGCUUGGCGUUUGGGAGGUGAACCGCGAGUUCCGGAGUAAAGGCCUGUCUAUAAGGGCUGAUGAAUAUCCAGUAGUGUAGUCACAAUUCAGAAGCGAAAGCAGUUUUCAUGAAAGAAUUCCUG